GGCGGAAAUGUCUAAGUUGCGACCAAGUUAGCUUGUUUUAGCACUUCUUUCUAGUUCGUACAGCCUUGAAAUAACCGACCAUAUGAGGAUAUUAGCUUUAUCUAAUAUCUUGGUAGCUGUACGUGAAGCCACAUGGAUAUAAGUUAUCAUUUAACCGGGGAUUUUUCACAUGUCAACGCUGCGCUUCUGCUGCUAGCUAAUUAGCCUGCCAUGCUAGCUGGUUGUGAAAAUCCUCGACAACAACAUUCCUGCUCGGAUUAUUUAGCGAGUUCUCCGAGAGUUUAAACCGGUGGCCGGCUGCGAGAAGAGACCAAAGAAGAAGGAGCAGGUCAGGCAGCGACGUGCAGGAUGAAUAUUCAGUACGAGGACCCCGCGUUGACGGGGAGCUACGGCGGUGAGGGGUCGUUUCCCAAAAGUUUCGGCUACGGGGUGGAGGAGCCCGACAUGGAGGAGAGCUCCUCAUCAGCUGACAAACCGAGGAUCCUGCUGAUGGGACUGAGGCGCAGCGGAAAGUCCUCCAUCCAGAAGGUUGUUUUCCACAAGAUGUCCCCCAACGAGACUUUAUUCCUCGAAAGCACCAACAAAAUCUACAAGGACGACAUUUCCGGCAGCUCCUUUGUCAACUUCCAGAUCUGGGACUUUCCCGGCCAGGUGGACUUCUUUGACCCCACGUUUGACAGCGAGAUGAUCUUCAAGGGAACCGGAGCUUUGAUUUUUGUCAUCGACGCUCAGGACGACUACAUGGAGGCUCUCAGUCGGUUACACCUGACUGUAAGUAGAGCCUACAAAGUGAAUCCAGACAUCAACUUUGAGGUGUUCAUCCAUAAAGUCGACGGUUUGUCGGACGACCACAAGAUAGAAACGCAAAGAGACAUUCACCAGAGGGCCAACGAUGACUUGGCAGACGCGAGUCUGGAGAAGGUUCACCUCAGCUUCUACCUGACCAGCAUCUACGAUCACUCCAUAUUCGAGGCUUUCAGCAAAGUCGUCCAGAAGCUCAUCCCUCAGCUGCCGACGCUGGAGAACCUUUUGAACAUUUUCAUAUCUCACUCUGGGAUAGAAAAGGCCUUCCUGUUUGACGUCGUCAGCAAGAUUUACAUCGCCACCGACAGCUCCCCCGUGGACAUGCAGUCCUACGAGCUCUGCUGCGACAUGAUCGACGUCGUCAUCGACGUCUCCUGCAUUUACGGACUAAUGGAGGAUGGCAGCAGCUGCGCCUACGACAAGGAGUCUUUGGCGAUCAUCAAGCUCAACAACACUACAGUGCUUUAUUUGAAAGAGGUCACAAAGUUCCUCGCGCUCGUCUGCAUCCUCAGAGAGGAGAGCUUUGAGAGGAAAGGUUUGAUAGAGUACAAUUUUCACUGUUUCCGAAAAGCCAUCCACGAGGUGUUUGAAGUCGGCAACUCGACCGACGGUGCCGCCUGGAGACCAGCGAGUUCGUCCAGCAGCAACCAGACGGGCCUGAAGUACGCAGCUCUGAAUGGAAACGCUGUGUGAGGUUAACUCUGUGACUCUGGUUGACCUGCAGUGCACCGUGUGAAUUGCUUCGAGAGGCUGAACGUCAGCUGACGGACUGAACUCAGAGCGAUUUAAUUUCUCUCUGAGCUGAAGCUGAAACCGGUGUUCAGAGUGAACCUCAUCCGUCUGCUUCUGGUUCGAGAAACACGUCUGUCAGGUGCCAAAGAUACUGAAGCGAACGCACCAUGAACUGGUUUCUUCUUCCUGCACAUUUACCGAAUUGUCCAGAAUCUCUGUCGGCGAUGUUUACCUCCCAGGCCAGUUACUUCCAUUCACUCUGCAGCGCUCACACGGGGUUGGAGUCAAACUGAGCACCUUUGAUAAAUCGAAAUGUUGCUGCUCUUUUUAGAGUGAAAUAUGAGGGUUGAUCAAGAAGUUUCAAGACUGUGCAGCGUGUGGCAGCAGUCGUCUGACUCACAGGAGUUAGGCUGCAUAAAUAAACCUGUGAUGGCUGCUCACUUCAGGCCCUCGUUUAUGCUGUCUUUGGAUCGUGCAGUAAAGCAGCCCGGAACGCUGAAACUACAUAAUUUGCUUAGCCCCGCCCACGACAGCUGUGAUUGGUUAAAAGAAAUAGAAACAAGCCAGAGUGUUUGUUUCCAGAUAGCAGACUGAUGAUAAAGUGCAGCCAGAUUAUGUUCUCCAGAAUGAGCUCAGCAUGAGUUUACAUUACUCACAUGCUAUCAACACAUGAUUCUAUAUAACUUGUGAAGCAGUCGCGUGUCUCAGUGGUUACCCCUGUUGCCUCGCAGCUAGAAGGUCGCUGGUUGGCGUCCUGGU